ACCAUUUCGAGCCCCCGUGAAAAGCCGGAAUCCCACUGUAAUCAUAUAGAAGCGCCAGCGCUGCUUCUCUGUCUUAUUUCUCUUACCGGAAUAUAUUAUUGCGCGUAUAUUAAAAUACGGUAAUUGUGAUUACAUAAGUGGUGUGAUUUAUUUUCUCUUUGUUUAAUUAUCUUUAUUUUUGACUCCAUCUCAUAUCAGACGAAAUGUCUGAGCAGUUUCUCGGUUGUACAGUUUCUGUAAAAUGUAUUGACGAUGUUGCUUACCAAGGCAAAAUUAUUGAUCUAAAUAAAAAUAGCCUGACAUUGGCAAAAACAUUUUGCAACGGUAUACCACAUACUUCUUCGGUUGUUAACCUGAGUGUAAAAGACAUACAGAAUCUUGAGAUUAUAUCAACAGAGGAAGCAGGAACUAAUGUGAACGAUGUCCAACCACAGAGUAAAGUAAUAGUAAAGAGGCCAAUUGCGAAAAGGGCUGGGCGAUCUGUUUCAGAAUGCGUCCCACCAGUAGUGCAAGUGGGAAGUUCUCAAGCACAAUCAAAUUUCAAAAAACCUGCGGAAUCAAACCAACAGCAAGUUGAGCAAACUCCAAAUGGAAAAUUUGCACCAGCCGAAAAUAAUGCAUCUAACAAUAAAUGCAUCCCAAAAAGAUUAACACACAGACAAAGAACACUUAUAGAGCAAAGAGAAAGGGAUGAGCACACUUUUGGCACUCCGAUUGAUCAGUCUUUACAACAAGAUUUCGAUUUUGAGAAAAACUUAGCAUUGUUUAACAAAGAGGCUGUAUGGCAAGAAAUAAAUUCCUUGAAACCGGAUAUUGUUAGGCAGUCGGAAAAUAAUCGGGGUACUACCGCUAUCUACCGACCUGACGAGAACAUUCUCGUAUCCGAACCUACAGUACUCAGACAGAUUGUGGUGCCCUGUCCUGGCGAAAAAGAAUACGUUACAGAUAAUGGUUUAGUAAUUCCUAGCAUCACUCUCGGUCUCCAUCGGCAAUUAAUAGGUGCAGCAGAUCGGUUGGGAAUAACUUGGGAACGCAGGGUGGAGCUUCUUGGCCGCGCCGGUGCUGAACUUACCUUACAACUAUUGGGCGGAAGUCAUCGACUGAACCCAAAUAACGCUCAUCAGUGGCCCACCGUGGUCGUGUUAUGCGGACCUCACCGUUCCGGUGCCGCGGGUAUCAAUUGCGCUCGACAGUUGUCUAGUCAUGGCGUCAAGACGAUCGUGUUCCUGGAAAACGCGGAGGACGUGUUCCUUUUGCAGGAACUGUCACUGUACAGACUAACGGAGAACAAAGUUGAAACUAAAGUGAAGAAUUUGCCGUCAGUGGUGGAUUUGAUACUCGUGGCGCUCUGCGACGAGGGUUCACCACGAAUGAUCACACCGAUAGCUAGAUGGGCAAACAGCAAUCGCGCGCCUGUGCUCGCUAUCGAACCCCCGGCAUCGGGUACACCGGGUAUCCUCUGCAAAUUCAGUCUACUGGGGGCCUUGCCGCUGUCACACUCCGUCGACAAUGGGAGAUUGUACCUGUGCAAUCUCGCGUUACCGGACAAGGUGUACAACGACGCCGGCAUUACGUACAAAUCGCCAUUCGGACCUAAAUUCGUAAUUCCUCUACAUUCCAACAACUCUUAGCAAAUUUUUCGCAGUCACGCAGUGUCCUUUUGAAUAGACGUUUCAUUUUACCAUGCGUGAUUUGUAAGCCUUAUAUACACGGGGAAAAUAUUUUACUUCCGGGGCCCAUUGAGUACAUGAGAGAGUUUUUAUGUAGUUUGGCAUUUGAUAUCAACUUUUGACAUCGUGGAUCAUACUUGUCACGGCAAUUGUACGGCAUCCACGUGUGGAUGAAACAAAGCGUUACAUUUCUAUUUAUAACUUAGUUGUAUUUUAAAAUCUUAAUUACAACACAUGUAUCACAGAUGUUCUGGCUACGAAUUGUGAGAGAUCAGUCUGUUUUAUUAAUAUCAAGUAUAUAGGAGAAAUAUAGAAUAACUAUUGCUUUAAAUAUGAAACAAAUGGCCAAACAAAGGAUACAUAAGUUACUUCCUUACAUAAUUCCAUGUAUUACGGCACGACUUCGCAUUGGCUCAUAGACACACACUUAUUUGAUACAACUAAAUAAACUAUGCACUAAAUAAAAAAAUCAGCUUUGCACUAUUUAUCCAUAGUUUACAUUAACAAAAUACGCAAAAAAUUAAAUUACGAUAGGUCAACGUAAGUACACAAUUUUACCACUAUUUUUUCGAUCGAUAAACUUAGAUAAGAAAAUCUCAUAAACAUAUUAGAGCCGUCAUAAGAUACUUAAUCAGCAUGGAAAAUUGAGUGCUAAAAACUUAGUAAUAAAAAGAGAAAAUUAAAUGGUGACUUGUACACAAGAGAGAAGAAUCUAUAUAUUUUUAAUAAUUUGUAACGUACUAUUUAUGUGAUUGUUAAAAAUACAUGAAAAUGCAGCGAUUUUAAUGUGGAGUCAAUUAAUUGGUUGAUUGACUGUUGAGUGAUAGUUUUACGUUUGCACAUCUACAUUCAUUAUUAUUCGGUAAUCUUCUUUUCUUAUAUAUCUAUCGAAUAUUAUUUCAUCACUUGUGUUCCAGCACCAACAGUUAUUAUAGCGAGAGAUAUAGGUAUAGUGAAAUUAUUAUAACGCACGUUGAAAAACGCGUCUCAAGCAUUAUACAAAAUACCUAUAUCAUAACCUGAUUGUGUUCCUUUUGUACUGGUUUCGUUUUCAACAAUAAUAAAAUAAGUAACAAUCA